CAUAAAUAAGAAAAAUAUUUUUUUUCAAAUACUAAUAAUAAUAAAACUAGUGGAUUACAAAAUAUAUAAACAAAAAUAACAAUUGUAAUCCCUAGUAACUAAAAAAAAUCAUAUAAUGGGUGUACAUUUUGGAAUAUCCGUAUUAUUUGUUGUUUGUUUGCUAGGUUUAUCAGCAAAUGCUAAAGAUUUCACAAUCACUGCUCCUCCAGGUUCUGAUAUCACCAGCUUAUUGUUGAAAACAUUCAAUGAGGCAUGCCAGUUCCCGACCAGGAGUAGCGUAUUGAUCCCUAAAGGUGAAUACAAGCUUCGGCAAAUAGAGAUGAUGGGUCCAUGCAAAGCUCCCAUAAGGAUUACUCUUCAAGGCACUGUGAAAGCUGACGGAAACGUUAACGGGAAUGACUACUGGGUCGCUUUCCGCAGGAUUAAUGGGUUUAAGUUGAACGGAGGUGGUAUCUUUGACGGUGAAGGUAACGCUGCAUGGAGGGCUAAUAAUUGCCACAAAAUGGCAUUAACUCAGUGCAAGAAACUCCCUAUCAGCAUACGGUUUGAUUUCGUGACUGACGCUAAGAUAAGAGGCAUAACCUCGUUGGAUUCAAAGAACUUCCACAUUAACGUGCUCGGAGCAAGGAACAUGACAUUGGAAGAAAUCACGAUCAUUGCCCCUGAAGAGAGUCCCAACACCGACGGAAUCCACGUGGGAAGGAGUGUUGGAGUCCAGAUCAUCAACUCAAACAUCAAAACAGGAGAUGACUGCAUCUCUAUUGGAGACGGGACGAGAGACCUUCUUGUCGAAAGAGUUACAUGCGGUCCGGGACAUGGAAUCAGUAUUGGAAGCCUCGGAUUAUACGUGAAGGAGGAAGACGUCACUGGCAUCAGGGUCGUAAACUCCACCCUCAUAAACACUGACAAUGGUGUAAGGAUCAAGACAUGGCCGUCUGCAGCUUGCUCCACCACCGCCUCGGGUAUCCAUUUUGAGAAUAUUAUCCUCAAGAACGUUACCAACCCUAUCCUCAUCGACCAAGAGUACUGCCCCUGGAACCGAUGCAACAAGAACAAACCAUCAACAAUCAAGCUGGUGGACAUAAGCUUCAAGCAUAUCAGAGGAACAUCAGGGAACAAAGACGCCGUUAAGCUUUUGUGCAGCAAGGGAUUUCCGUGCAAGAACGUGCAGAUUGGUGACAUUGACAUUAAGUACACCGGAGCCGAUGGUCCUGCAACAUUCCAAUGCUCCAACGUAUCUCCCACGUUGAUGGGAACUCAGGUCCCUAAAGCAUGUAGCAGCCCAGUGACUAAGCUACCAGGCCAGUAAGAAAUCUCGAUGCGAUAACCAAUACACAAUCUAAAAUGUACAACCCAUAAUGUAUGUUAUAUUCUUUCAUUUGAUUUUGCUAGUAAAAUAACCUAUUCUUUUUGCUAAAAAAUGCGUUUUUGCUAGCUAUAUUGUAUAACAUGCAGCAUUCUUGAGAAAAAAUAUAAUAAUUGUUAACUAA